AUGACGACCUCCACCGCAAGCUUCCAAAGUCUCUACUUCCCUUUCGUGACCCCGUCGCCCUCUGCCGAGCCGUCGCCGCCUGCGUCAUUAUUGGCACCGAGCAGCGCCAUGCACAACAUGACCGACGAGGAGCUGUUCCGGUGGGCGUCCACGGCGCCGAGACUCGACGGGACGCCGUACCACCGGGUGCCCAAGGUGGCCUUCAUGUUCCUGGUGAGAGGGGACCUGCCCCUGCGGCCCCUGUGGGAGAAGUUCUUCGAGAGGCACGAGGGCCUCUACUCCAUCUACGUGCACGCCAACCCCUCCUACACCGGCUCGCCGCCGAGGGGCUCCGUGUUCCACGGCCGCUUCAUCCCGAGCCAGAGGACGACGUGGGGAGGCGUCACCCUCGUGGAGGCGGAGCGCCGGCUCCUGGCGAACGCGCUGCUGGACCUCGGCAACGAGCGCUUCGCGCUGCUGUCCGAGUCGUGCAUCCCCAUCUACAACUUCCCCACCGUGUACGCCAUCCUCGCCGGCGCCGGCGGCGCCAGCUUCGUGGAGAGCAUCGCGACGCCGGCGCGUUACAGGCCCCUGUUCGCCGCCCGCAACAACAUCUCCGUGGAGCAGUGGCGCAAGGGCUCCCAGUGGUUCGAGGUGGACCGCGCCCUCGCUGCCGAGGCCGUCGCCGACGCCACCUACUUCCCCACGUUCCGCGAGAACUGCGCCGGCGAGAGGUUCUGCGUCGUGGACGAGCACUACAUGCCGAUGCUGGCGAGCGUGCUGGGGUGGAGGCGCAACGCCAACCGGACGCUCACGUUCGCGGACUGGGACCCGAAGCGGCGGACGGGGUCUCACCCGCGCACCCACGGAGCGGAGGAGGUGACGGAGGAGCUGAUCGGGCGGAUCAGGAGGGGAGGGGCGCGCGGGAACUGCACGUUCAAUGACGGGGCGAGCGGCGUCUGCUCCCUGUUCGCGAGAAAGUUCGCGCCGGACACGCUCGAGCCGCUGCUUCGCUUGGCUCCAAAGGCCAUGGGGUUUGGGUGA